CUUCAGCGUAGGCUCAUCUAUGUCAGCGGCUGCCCUCGUGGUUUUUUAGCGGCAUUCAUUUUAGAAUUUUUCAACAUCGAAUAAGUUAAGUCCUAAGACGAAAAUUGAGUAUAAUUUUAAUCUUUUCACAGAACAUAUUUGAAUCAUGCCUUCGGAUAAGUUAGUAAAGUUUCACAAGGAGUUUAGUCAAGAGGCAGAGGAAGUAGUCACCAAGUUCUUCCCGGAGCGAGUGACGGAACUCGAUAACCUGCUCAAGUCUGGGAUGUUUGCACUUAACAAGAUCCCUAAAGUCCAAGCAGAUUCUAUUAUCCCAAUUUCACAUCCUAAUAGUGACCACAGCAAUGACAUACCACAGAAUAAGAAGCGAAAGUUGUCAAAUUCUGAACAGAUAGAAAAGAUGGCUGAGCUUGUUGCUGUUGACCUUGUUCCUUGCAAUAAGUUUGUCCAAGACAUUAUUGAAUUACUCAAGCCCAAAAUCCAAACUUUGAUGGAGAAGUGUAACUUGGUGAAAAUGUGGAUUCAACUUCUGAUACCAAGGAUUGAAGAUGGAAACAACUUUGGUGUCUCUAUACAGGAGGAGGCUUUAAGUGAAGUUCAGAGAAUCGAGGGAGAAGCAGCAACAUUUCUGGAUCAAAUUGCAAGAUACUAUGUGACACGAGGGAAAGUUGUAUCCAAAAUUGUGAAAUAUCCACAACUUCAAGAUUAUCGGCAAGCUGUAUUUGAGUUGGACGAGAAGGAGUUCAUCAGCCUCAGACUUUGCUGCUGUGAACUGAGAAAUCAUUAUCUUAUUCUCCAUGACACCAUUACCAAGAACAUGGAAAAGAUCAAGAAACCUCGCUCUAAUAACGUGGAUUCUUUGUAUUGAGCCCUCUACUUCACCUCAGACAAUUGACAGGGUUUUACUCAUAUGUAAGAUUAUGUACAAAGGCAAAUCACUGCAUGGGUUGGGGGGCGCACAAGCCCCACACAUCACUAUGGGCUGAUCUAAGAGCAAGAGAAAAAAAGGCCAGUAGUAGCUAUCUAUUUAUUGGAAGAAUAGUUAGGCUUAAUUGAUUUUUGUAUCAAUAUUUGAUUUUUAAUGUUCAAUAUCAGUGGGCUUGUCGAAAGAGGCCUUGACUAGAGGUUAUUAUUUGUAGGCCUGGAUCGUACACUUAUUCCAAAAUACGUUUUUAGAGCAAAACGCGAAUGAAAAAUGGCGCAGUUCUAAGACCAAUCGCUUUGUAUUCUUACUAUUUGUAAGAAUAAAGAUGAUAAAUAAACCUAUCGCCUGAUUUAUCUUUUUUUCUGCAUUUAGUAAAAAUAUGACCCGUAUUUUCAUAUAUUUUUUUUAUAGCCGAACUGCCAUUUGCGCUGCCAACGUACUUUGAAACAGGUGUAUAUCCAACUUUGGCUGUGGAUCUGACGUUAAGGGCGCGUUUUUUCCUAUCAUUCUGAAAUGCGAAUGGUUGAUGUCAAAAACAGUCACACAACACUGACGAGUCACGGAACACUUGUUUUUAAUAUCUAUAGCGUUGAGGUACGGUAAAACGAGCAGCAAAUUCGUACAACUUUUGUGGCAGCACUGCUGCAAAAAAAAGUUCGUAAGUGACGUUGCUUGUAUUACUACCGGCGCGCCAACUUUUGUCGCAGCAAUUUUUUUGUUGCAAGUUAAAAAAGUUUGCGGCAAAUGCUGCCACAAAAGCUGUACGAUUUUGCUGCUCGUAUUGCGGUACCUUUACGAGCUAGGCGCGAGGAUGAAGCACAGCUGCGUCACGCAAGACAGGCGUUACGCAAAUGGUCUAAGCUUGUCUGUACAUCAUCCAUUCACAAUGCUUUUUCGUUAAAGUUUGAUUAGUAUUGUUUGUGAGUUCUGGUUUCCCUGUGCCCAACAAACAAUAGAAAAAAACGGAAGGGGAGCUGGGAUAUCGGGCCGAGCCAUCACCUGUUUCUUCUUAGGAUACUGUAUACUAUGUUCUUUUCUUUGUCAGUUAUAUUUCCUUUUUUUUUUUAGAUUUUCUCGCUGGACAUUAUAUAAACUAAUGUAUUAAUCUCAACAAGUAUUUUAGAAAUAAAGCAGAAUUAUCUAUUAA